AUGGCAUAUUCGGAUUUCACCUACGAAUUGCACCCGACCUUCGAUGCAGAGGACGAACAGGUCGACGAGGCAUUCAUGGAAGAAUUGCAAGUGAACAUUAUGGAGUGGUUUCGCGCAUGGGAAGGGGUACAGACAGGUGCAGACCCUUUUCAACCAUUCUUUGGAAACCGUUGGACACUACUUCAAGCUUGUGCUUCGAACGGUCCUCGAAUUCUCUCGACGAGUACAACGGGGAACUCCCAUGAUGCUCGAAUCUUGGCUCGAGCAAUACAUAAUCCCGAGAUUGAGUUUCCGCAACCUGUACCUGGAAAAUAUUACCUGGUUGACUCGAAAUUUGCUCAUCGACCUGGGUAUAUAGCACCCUAUAAAGGUUCGGAUAUAUUGUACCAUUUUCAACAAUUCUAUGAUGGAGACACUGGUCGUAGACGUAAUUUUCGAAAUGCCCGCGAAAAAUUUAAUUUCAGGCACUCGUCCUGCAGGAAUGUCAUCAAACGUGCAUUUGGCGUUUGA